GUUUCCUUUGCCCCACUACAUUAUUUAGGUGUGAGGCGUGAACGCUGCAGCUAUCGAGGGGCCCGACAUCGUCGUAGUGGACUCCACCUUCGAGAUGCAACAGGCAGGAGUUUGGUAAGGGUUGGGAUGGCUCCCCGGAUUCAGCGCCUCCCCCCGAUGGAAUUGUCCCUUCCCCCUCUGGUUCAGCCGAGCCAAAGUAACCAGCCGUUCAUGAGCCCAGAGGAGUUCGUCUCCCGAAUCAUGGAGGCAGAGCCCCCUGAGAUCUACCUCAUGGAGGACCUGAAGAAGCCCUUCACUCAGGCCAGCAUGAUGAUGUCUCUUACCAACCUGGCGGACAAGGAGCUGGUACUCAUGAUCAGCUGGGCCAAAAAGAUUCCUGGUGAGAUGGAUCAAAUCUCUUGAGAUUAUUUACUGCUGCUUGUCUUUAGCUGGAUAGAGACUUAAAGGUUUCUAGGUGGAAAAUCCUGACUUUAUCAUUUCACCUCUAACAUGGAAGCAAAUAAAACAUUAAAUACUUGGCUUCUUUA